AUGGAGGAGGUGCGAACAUCGUCGGGGCCUCUGAUGCCGUCCGAGAAAUCUGUGAAGCCACUGAUGGCAAGCCCCGAGCACAGAGCACUCUAUGACGACAAUAUUGCUAAUGAAGAAGAGGAAGCAGAGGACGUGAUAGAAAUAGAUGAUGCACUGGACUGCUCACUGUACUCUACUCCUUCAGGAAACGUUCCAGUAUUUGGUAAUCUUGAGACGACAUGGGUUCCAACAAGAAAGGGUGAUGGUGCACGAUCUGAAAUAAUGGAAAAGAUGAAAAAAAUUGGAGUUUACCUUAGUGAUACUGUUGAUGAAAAGAAAAAGAGAAUGGAUUCGUAUAUUAAAGAUGUUGUCAAAGACUGUAAGAGGAACAUCAAAGAUUAUUUGAAAUUUCAUGAAGAUGAAGCGCAAGAGUUUAGAAUUGAAUAUACUGAGAAGAUUAUAACUGUGUUUCAGCAAUGGAAUUUAAAUAUAAAGGAAAUUGGAGACGAAGAAGAGAAACUAUCUGAUGCUUUUUAUAAGCAACAGAAGACUUUUAAAAAAGUUAGAGUGCUUCAGAACAACACCCUGAACGGAAUUAAGGAUGAAAAUGACGAGUAUUUAAAGGGUUUGGAGAACUUGGAGGAUGGCAGACUACUUAAUAAUGUACGCACUGAAAUUAAAAAACAAAUGUCUGUGUUGAAAAAGAAAAUUGCAGGAAGUUAA